AUGUCUCACGCUUGGCGGAAUUUCACACUCGUGUCUGACUAUUGGCAACGGAAAGGGCAGAACUCGUUCAAACACGAAGUUCUCAACGUCACUGUCUUUGUUUUCUGUUGGCUGUGGCUCGUAUCCAAUACGAUACUCACAGUAGAGCUCUUGGGCGAUGCUGGCUUUCUACAAGAGAGCUUUUCGCUGCCUCGACAAACGUCUACCAAUACUGGCAGGAAUAUGUGGUCACUUUUCCAAGCGGUUUACUUCACUAUCAUCACGAUCACCACUGUGGGCCUCGGCGAUUUUAAACCGCAAACCGUGCUGGGCCGACUGGUUGUGCCCUCCGUCAUUCUGGGCGGUAUUGCAGCCUUUUCACUGACCACUACGAAGUUCCUUCUCCUCGUGCGGAAUCGGCGCAUCGGUCUUCGUCACUACAGACGAUAUGGUUCGCGGCUCAACGUGCUUGUUACAGGCGAUCCGGACUUGGAUUCCCUGGUGCAUUUUAUACUGGAAUUUUUCCAUCCGGAAAAAUUCGGUGUGAAAUACGACAUGAUCAUCCUCGUCCCGCAUCGACCAAUCCCAGCAGACGGCGAAUCUUUCUUCUAUAAACUUCGAGAAUAUCUCACCAAAACUGAAAUCGGGAGGUCGGCCAUCGGCCAACUAUGGUUCCAUCAUGGCACCAUUAUGAAU